CGUUGGAUCCUUGAGUCUGAACUCGUCAGUACAGCCGUGGACUUGGUAUAAACCUUCGAGAAAGUAGAUUUCCUGCUAACCUGAAUGUGUUUGUGUUACCAGGAAUCUAGAGCGGAGUGUGUUUUGGAAGUCACGGUGUGGGAGUUUUUGGAGUCGCCACUUUUCACCUUUCACGGACAUCUGCACUGUGUGGGAUUCAGGGAGAAUCGCCACGGGACCACAGUGCCGAGAUUUUGUAUAUAGUCGUGUGUUUUCCACCCCCCCUGUCAAUAAAUCCACUGUCCUUCACUAAGAGUCUCGCGUUUGGGCCCUACUUUCACUGCAACUCCACGGUCAAACAUCGCAGCCCGUGACAGAAGGAUCCAGCCAUUAUGGGCCCAGCGGACUCAAUGGAGAAGCUCAUGAGGGAGGUAACUGGCAAAGUAAAUAAGCUGUGUGACCUAUGGAUAAAUACGCCCGGAGAGGAGUUUCACUGCGCUGUGGAGAAGCGAUUGCAGGAGAUGCUUCUUUGCUUCCCCUGGGUAAUAGAGUCUCUCUAGCCGGUCGUGGCGGAUUUUUUGCUUAACACUCUCCACCUCUAUUCUCCUAACCAGGCUGCUUUCCAGCCCGACCAGCUGGUGGAACCUCAGCCUGACACGCCGGCCCCGGCAUCGUCAAAGAAGCGAUGCUCGCACCGCCGGCGCUCCUCACCGCAGCCGGAUUCCCGGACUUUUCAUCAGCCGGCUGCGCCGGUAGCCGUAGCACAGCCUGCUGCCCAGCCAGUAACUCAGUCGGAUGGAGGUCGAUACGCCUGCUGGACCUACUCUGCCGUCAGUUCACCCGUCUGUUGUUCCUGCAUCGCGGUCCAGUCUACCGCAAGUAGCUGACACACCAUCAUCACCUCCGCCCUCUGCAGCUGCUUCUCCACCAGCGUCCCAUCAGACUGCAGCGACCGCAGCACUCUCAGCUUCACCAUCUACAUCACCUACUCUACCAUCAUCUCCACCGCCUGCAGCUGCCGUAUCACCAUCUUCACCUCCCGAUCAACCAUCUGUAGUUGCAGCGCAGCCGGAGGAGCCCGCGCCGCCAGUGGAUGAGCUCAGCGAGCCAGAGGAGCCCGUGCCGCCAGUGGAUGAGCUCAGCAAGCCGGAGGGACCCACUCAACCAGAGCUGGAGGUCGGCGUGCCGGAGGGACCUCCACGCCGCCCACGUCCAGCGCGCCCUCCACGCCGCCCACGUCCAGUGCGACCAGCAGCAUGGCCGCAACCAGCAGCACGGGCGCCACGUCUUCGUCCUGCACGGCCAGCACAUCGUGGAUUGUGUGUUGUGCUACAUUGUCGCCCACCGGAGCUGCCACGUCGCUGCCACGUCGCUGCCACUGGGUGUGUGGCAGGCCACCGGAACUGUUUCACCGCUGCUGCCGGACCUGUGGCCGCCCGCCGGAGCUGCAGCGCUUCCAUCAAGGGGUUGGCGGUAGGCCGCCUGAACUGUUUUCCCACCACUGCCUGACCCACAGCGGGCUUUGCCUGUUUUGCCGUCCACGGGGUCGGCCGCCAGAACUGUUGCUGCCACUAGGGCAGUGGUUGGACUAUUGAACUGGGUUUUCCUUUUUUGUUGUCUAGUGUUGACGCACCUCUAGAGUUAUCCCACGUGAAUCGGGUGCACUGUUUGUGUAUUGAUAGUGCAUGAAUAUUGCUGACACGCUUUGCAGAUGUGAGAGCCAGAAGCAAUGCAGUCUUCAAAGACAGGAUUUUUAUUUCAACCAGGCAUUGUGUAUCAAGAUGGUGGCGCCCACAGAUGCAGCGGCUCACUGCUCUUCACGUUCGGUGCUUUGUUUUUUACUUUUUCUAUGUGCAUAUGUGUGGAUGUAUGUGUUUUUUUUAUUAUUAUACAUCGAGUAGAGUCCACUUACAGUCGUCAGGACAUUCUGAGUUUGGGAUUACGCUGUACAAGGGACAGCAAGGGACAAGUGGUGAUAGUCGGACUUGCACCACUUUUACGGCAUUUCGGAGGCCAUAAUAAGAACUCCAGGGUCUCCAUGGUUGGUUCUUCCUAGCGGCAAUCCAAACAAACAAACAAAGGAGGCAAAAGUGUGGCUGCAGGGCAGGCCCGCUAGCACAGCUAAAGAAACAACCAUUUAAGCCACCGCUUCUGAGUAUCUUCCUCUCCAACAUCAGGUCCAUAACCAACAAAAUCGACGAACUGAGAUUACAGACUGCAGUCAACAAGUGUGUACGGGACAGCAGCAUUGUACUACUCACAGAGACUUGGCUGCAGCCAUCAAUUACAGACUCGGCUAUUGAGCUAGCAGGCCACACGGUCCACCGUCACGACAGGAACGGCCACUCCGGUAAAAACAAAGGAGCGGGUUUAUGCAUCGACAUCAAUGACAGCUGGUUAAAAAAACACAAAGACUGUAGACAGCCACAGUUCCCCGGAUUUGGAAUAUUUGACUGUGAAGUGUAGACCCGUCUUCAUACCUCGCAAGUUUACUGUUGUCAUGGUAAUGGCCGUGUAUGUACCACCUGAUGCUAAUGCUAACUCGGCCAUGGAGGAGCUGCACAAGACAAUAAGCAGUCAGCAAAACUCUCAUCCUGACACAGUGCACAUCAUAGCUGGGGACUUCAACCAUGCUGACUUAAGGUCAGUAUUCCCCAGAUUUGAACAGCAUAUUAAAUGUGCAACAAGGGGAAAAAACACACUGGAUAAAGCAUACAGCAACAUCCAAAAAGGCUACAGAGCAGCCCCUCUACCAUACCUAGGUUUGUCAGACCACAUGUCCAUGCUGCUGAUCCCUGCAUACACUCCCAUUAGAAGGAGAGCCCCCCCCAGCCACAAAGACUGUGAAAACCUGGCCAGAAGGUGCAUCACAUCAGCUGCAGGACUGUUUUGAAAACACAGACUGGAGCAUGUUUGAACAUCAGGACCUCGAAGUGCACACAACAUCAGUGCUCUCAUAUAUUAACUUCUGUGUCAACACUGUCACUGUGGACAAACAUCUCCGGGUGUAUUCCAACCAGAAACCCUGGAUGAACCCUGAAGAACCGUGACGCUGCUUUCAGAUCCGGAGAUGUUAUGCAGUACAGUGCAGCCAGAUCUGAGCUGAAAAGAGGCAUCAGAGAGGCCAAGGCAGCGUACAAGAGGACGAUUGAAGACCACUUCAGCAACAACAACUCACGCCAGGUGUGGCAGGGAGUUAAACACUUAACCAACUACAAACCUUGCAAUACCACGUUAACUGAGGGUAACCUGGCGCUUGCAGAGGAGCUGAACCAUUUCUUUGCACUCUUUGAGGUGAAGGGACCAGAGGCAGCAGCAGCAAAAACAUCGGACAGCAGCAGCAGCCCAAGCCUCAUGGUGCAGGAAUAUGAGGUGAGGCGCGCAGUGAGGGCAGUGAACCCCAGGAAGGUUGCUGGUCCAGAUGGGGUGACCGGAAGGGUCCUAAAAAAGUGUGCAGACCAGCUGGCUGGGGUCUUCACUAAGAUCUUCAACACUUCACUGUUCUAGUCCUGCAUCCCGCUGUGCUUAAAGUCAGCAACAAUUGUCCCACUCCCAAAGCGUACCAACAUUAGCAGCCUCAACAACUACAGACCAGUUGCUCUAACACCUGUUAUAAUGAAGUACUUCGAGAAACUGGUCCAACGUCACAUCAUGUCCUGCCUGCCAUCCACACUUGACCGGCUCCAGUUCACAUACAGAGCUAACAGAUCAACUGAAGAUGCCAUUGCUACAAUGCCCCACACCACUAUCUCUCACCUGGAACAACAGGGGUGUUACGCCAGGCUGCUCUUUGUUGACUUUAGCUCUGCUUUCAAUACGAUACUCCCGACAGACUAAUAGUUAAACUGCUGGAUAUCAGACUUGCUUCUACCACCUGCUGCUGGAUCAGAGACUUCCUCUCAGACUGUGUACAGAGAGUUAGAGUGGGGCCUCAUCUUUCCUCAGCUUUCCUAACACCGGCUCUCCACAAGGCUGUGUAAUGAGUCCCCUACUGUACACUCUGUACACACAUGACUGUGUUAGUUCCCACCCAGACAACGCAGUCACUAAGUCUGCAGAUGAUACCACUGUGGUGGGACUCAUCUCUGGGGGAGAUGAGACGGUGUACAGAGCUGAGGUUCAGAGGCUGUCAGAUUGGUGUGUCGAAAACAACCUGGACCUCAAUACCACCAAGACAAAAG